AUGACGGACCAUCCAACAUCUGAGAAGCGCGCCGAUCUCGUUCCGGAUGGAACUGUUGCUGGGAGCAAUGCCAGCAAGCCACUAGACACUGGCUCCAGCGCUUCGAAUGCGUCAUUUGACGAGGGACAGAUUUCACGCCUUGCAAGAAAGCAUCUUCAUAACCUCAAACUUGCCGACCUUGUCAAGCAUGGUAGGCCACCGCUCUCGGAGGAGGCCCUCCUCCAGUCAGCCAACUUCACGCUGAGUCUACUCCCAAUUCGACUGGCACACCGACUUCAAGCCCUCCGCAACCUGCCAUACAUUGUAGUUUCGAACCCCAACAUUCGAACGAUAUACAACAAUUAUCAGCGUUCUUUGGAGACCCUACUGCCUUGGGAGGAGCGGGGUGGGAUAAAUACCCUGGCGGAGGAGGUUGAGUUUACAGAAGUGCUCGCUCAACUCGUCCGCACACACGCCGACACUAUACCAAUCCUGGCCCGCGGUUUCCUGGAGUGUCGCCGCUACGUGAGCCCUCAAGAUGUCACGGCCUUUCUCGAUGCUCAUUUACGCGCCCGCAUCGGCACGCGCCUGGUAGCCGAGCAGCACAUUGCGCUGCACUACUCCUCACAGCCACACUUUGAUCCGGCCGCGAGUCCAGUCCCAUGCCCCGAGGAGCCUUCGUUUGUGGGUGUCAUUGACACUGCACUCAAGCCUGUCGAUAUUCUCGAUCACUGUGGCGGUGCCGUAGCUGAGAUAUGUGAGCUACGCUACGGUGUUCGUCCGGAAUGGGUAGUCAAUGGCUCGCCAGAAACUACAUUUGCAUACGUGCCCAUGCACCUGCAUUACAUCCUCACGGAGCUACUGAAGAACGCUUUCCGCGCCACGGUUGAGAACAAUAUGAGCCGAGAGCCCAUCGAGGUCACCAUCGCUCCCGCUUUGCCUCUGGACGACAGCCGUGGCCUGCGCCUCAAACCACCAUCCGUCUCGCGCGGUGCCUUUCGUUCCGAUGCAAUACAGCCCCUCGAUGACAACGCACCUGGCGUGACUAUUCGGAUCCGCGAUCGCGGUGGCGGUAUUGCACCCGAGGUGCAGCCCAAUAUCUGGUCGUACAGCUACACGACGUUUUUUGACCAGGACGAUAGCUUGCCUGGAGGGGCCGGCGGAAGUGGGGGCGGGAGUGUCGGCGACUUUGCGCUCAAUAUAAUCUCGAGCGCGAACAACGGUCGCAGCUCUAUUGCUGGGCUGGGCUACGGGCUACCGCUCAGUCGAGCUUACGCUGAGUAUUUCGGGGGCGGCAUCGACGUUCAAAGCCUACACGGCUGGGGUACUGAUGUCUAUCUACGACUUAAUGGGGUCGGAAGACUGGAGAAUAUUUCCAGACCUCCGAAGGCCUGA